GACUCAAGUCCUUUAAAAGCUUGUUUUAGAUGUAAAAAUGUUAAAGAAUAUAGAAGUAGAUGUGUUGGGUAGGUGGGAGGCAGGUCCAGGGAUGGAAACUCCAAACCAUGUAAUGAGAAGUCUUCUUAGACAUGGAGUUGUGCAGGAGUGGUUUGUACCAGAGGCUGUGAUGUUUCAACAAGAUGAGGAAAUUAUCCUAUACGACCCAACAGAGGAAAAAUCGAUCACCAGCAUUUUCAUUCGAGAUAUAAGAGAUCCCGUUGCUUAUGUAAGAAAGGGUUCCCCGAAUGGAUUCAGCAGUGUUGUUGUCUUCAGAAUUGCGGGUUCAGGACACUUUAACUUUAACAGCAUAUUCAUAGCAAUUCAGUGUUUGAAUGAUGAACCUCAAGAUGUUGUUGAGAGACUGAUAGAGUUGUGUGGACUGGAGAAAGGGGGAAGACAAAGAAGAAUGUCUGAUGUUUCUGUUUCUUCAUUUGCAUCAGUGCAUCGCCGCUCCGCCUCAGCUGUCUCCAACUAUUCUCAACCAGAGGCGGAACACAGGAAACCUCCACUGCCGAUUAAAUCUCCAACAAUAUCCCAAAACUUAGCAAGGACUGAGAGUUUUGGUUUGGAUCGCCCAAGUUUCUUAUACGAUCACAGUGAUGAUCCUGUACAAAAAGAUACAAUUCUGCUCAACUACUGUACAGAUGAUAUUGAGAAACUUUGCAGAGAACUAAGAAACUCCCGAGAUGAUGUUCCCGGUGCAAGAGUUAUUGACUCUUUUAGAGCUACGGAAUUCACUUCGGUUUUUCAAAAGAUCAAGCUUGCAUUCAACCUUCUGGGUCGGUUGAAUCCGCAUCUAAAGGAUCCGAACGCCUCAGAUAUUGUUUAUUUUUUAUUUCCACCUUUAGCCUUCUUGAUGGAUGCAGGAAACGACCUGUUUGACGACGACCUUCAGAAAGAUGUAAUUUCCCCUCUGCUAACCAGCACCGCGGUUUCUUUUCUCCGGCAGUGUUUAAACUCUAGGCAGAGAUCUAUAUGGGAGGCUUGUGGACCUGCCUGGACCACACCAAGGAAUGAGUAUGAUGGAAGUACUGUGCCGUAUCGACCCCUGUUUUCUGACGGCUGGUCCCCAGGUUAUAUUGAUUUCCAAGAAGACGAUGUUGAUGGGAAAUCAAGAUCGAUCAGUCGAUCCCAACCCAGCGUAGUCAGAUCGCCGACUAAUGGAAUCCGGUCUCCAAGUAGUCCUCCUCCUUACACUGAUAGAAGGAUGGAUCAAGGAUACAGAAUAGAAGAUAAAGGAUACAGAAGAGAAGAUAAAGGAUACAGAACAGAAGAGAACUCAUUUAGGACAAGUGCAGAUUCAAAUAGAAACAGGAAUAAUUCCGAAAUGGUUGGUAGCGAUUAUGGAAGCGAUGCUAGCAGUGGCAGAUUCCAAGAAUUUGAUGAGGAAGAAAAAGAAGAUUUUGAAAGUUUCCGUGACAAACUUUUAGAAAGAGACGCUCUCAUAGCACUUGUUCUUCAUCCUUGGAACGGUCAUAACAGUAAGGAAUUGAAUGUUAGAAAAGGAGAAUAUCUUGAGGUUCUAAAUAAUGAUAAAAAAUGGUGGCGCUGUCGAGACUCAUCCAACAAGAUUGGUUAUGUUCCGUAUACCCUACUCACCACUCUGGUCUCAGCGGAGAAGAUUUGGGAGAAGGAGAUGCAGGAGAAGAAGGAAAAGAAGGAGAAGAAGGAGAAAGCAGAACGGGAGAAGGAGGAGAGAAGGUCUAGAGAUCAAAGAGAGAAACUGGAGAAAAUAGGAAGAAGAAUACCCUCCCGAUCACCUAGUUCUAGUCCAGAUAGAAGUCCCAGAGGUCGGUCCCCCUCCCCAGCUCCAAGCAUGCCCCCUCCUCCACCCCCUCUUCCAGCCAGGCAACCUUCAAUCAGACCUAUAGAGAUCAAACAGAGGAAACCUCAAAGGAGCAACUCCAUCCAGUCCACCUUCUCUAUGCAAGAUGAACUCAAGCAUGUUCUCUCAUUCUACUCAGAGGAGAAAAUAAAACCUUUAGAUAUUUAUGUUACCCCGGAUAUAUUUGUUGAUCAACGAUCAACCUCUAGAGAGGUCCGGAACUGGCUGAUUGGUAAAGGCUUCAGCGAGAAAGUGCAGUCCCAGCUGGGUAAUAUGUCUGGUAAACAGAUCCUUGCUAUUCAAAGGAAAGAUUUGGAAAUACUGUUCGGCAAAGAGGAAGGAGGAAGAUUGGACAGUCAAAUUACACUUUCAAGAAACCAAACCAAAUAUACCCAGGUAGAUAACAAGUUUCGAGGAUUUUUUAAAAUUCUCUUUUCUUAUUUUAAUUUUUUUGUGAAUAUGAGUCGACACUGAUAAGCUGAAAUUGUG